UUUGCACUCCUCGUCUAGUUCUCCCCCAUUCCCCUGGAAAACCCUAAACCCCGAGACGCCGCCAUAAACCCUAGCCGCCGCCGCCUCAGCAGCAGCAGCAGCAGCCAGCCAUGUAUGCCAUGCUCCGCCGCGCGGAGCCCCUCAGGAGGCGCGCCGCGUCCGCCAUCGCGGCCGCCCUGAUCCACCGCCCGGCGGCGGCUGCGGCGGCGCGGUCGCCGCUCCCUCUGGCCCCGGCGGCGACGUGGUUCCACUCGUCGCCAGCGUGGCUCGGGUUCAGGGAGACGGGGGCGGCGCGUGCGGCGGCGCGCGCGGAGUUCGCGGCGGACGACGGGUGGGGGUACGAGGAGGAGAAGAGGCCGGCGGGGGCUGGCGGCGGAGGCGGUGGUGGGGCGAAGGAGGAGGGGCUGGAGGUGGCCAAGCUCGGGAUCUCGGACGAGAUCGUUACCAGGCUCGCCGCCAGGGGCAUCACCCGGCUGUUCCCUAUCCAGAGAGCUGUCCUUGAGCCAGCAAUGCAAGGACAGGACAUGAUUGGCCGUGCCAAAACCGGGACAGGGAAAACUUUGGCAUUUGGAAUCCCAAUAUUGGAUGCGAUUAUUAAACAUAACAAGAAGCAUCAACCUGGACGGUUUCCCCUCGCUAUUUGUUUGGCGCCAACAAGAGAACUUGCAAAACAAGUCGACAAGGAAUUUGUUGAUUCUUCUCCUCUAAAGACACUCUGUGUUUAUGGAGGCACUCCAAUUCAGCAUCAAAUAAGAGAACUUCAGUAUGGUGUUGAUAUAGUUGUUGGGACACCUGGACGAGUAAUUGAUCUGCUGAAACGGGGUGCUCUGAAUUUGUCGAUGGUCCAGUUUGUGGUUCUUGAUGAAGCAGACCAGAUGCUUUCAGUGGGUUUCGAUGAAGCCGUUGAAGAAAUUUUGCAGAGUGUGCCUGUGAAGCGUCAAACCCUGAUGUUCUCUGCAACAAUGCCAACCUGGAUACGCAAGCUCACACAGAAGUACCUAAAAAAUCCUGCCACUGUUGAUCUUGUGGGCGAAGAUGACCAGAAACUGGCAGAAGGAAUUAGUCUGUUGUCUAUUGCUACAGAGAAUCAUGCGAAACCUGCUGUUCUUGCACAAUUGAUUCAGGAUCAUGGUAAAGGUGGUAAGUGCAUUGUAUUUACACAAACAAAAAGGGAUGCUGAUCGAUUGGCAUUCACCAUGGGUCGUAGCAUCCAGUGCCAACCCCUUCAUGGAGAUAUUUCACAAGUCCAAAGAGAGAGAACACUUGCAGGAUUUCGUGAUGGGCGGUUUAGUACUUUGAUUGCCACAGAUGUUGCUGCUCGUGGUUUGGAUAUUCCAAAUGUAGAUCUGGUGAUACACUAUGAAUUGCCAAACAGUUCGGAGAUAUUUGUUCACAGGUCUGGCCGAACUGGCCGUGCUGGGAAGAAGGGUACUGCAAUUGUGAUGCACAGCUACCAACAAAGUAGAUCUGUCCGAGGUAUUGAGCAAGACGUUGGAGGCAAGUUUAAGGAGCUUCCAAAGAUCAAUGUUGAAGGUUCUGAUUUGACGAUGGCUAGUGGUUUUGAUUCCUAUGGAAGUGGAGGCGGAGGAUUUGGUCGCGAUGGUGGGCGCUCACGUGGUUUUGGCAACUCAUCGAGCCGAGGUGGUGGGUUUGGUGAUUCAGGAUUUGGUCGUUCAGGUGGCGGAUAUGGUCGUUCAGGCGGUGGAUUCAGUGAUUCCGGAUUUGGCAAGUCGGGAGGUGGUGGUGGAUUCGGUCGUUCAGGAGGUGGUGGUGGAUUCGGUCGUUCAGGUGGUGGUGGUGGAUUCGGCGGUGGAUUCAGUGACUCCGGAUUUGGUCGCUCAAGUGGAUCAGGUGGUGGGUUUGGAGGUGCUGGUGCCGGCCAGUCUGGUGGAUUUGGAGAUUCUGGCUCAGGUGGGUUCGGUAGCGGAUUUGGCAGCUUUGGCAAAAGUUGAUGAUCCAGUCAGUUUUGGCAACUUGGCAUAGCCUAGCAAACUAUUUGAUUGGAGCAAAAGGGAAAAGUAGUUUAUGAUAUUGGAAAGCCCGCCUACCAGUCAAGCUUGAUACGGUUCUUAUGUGAUCCUCUUAUCAGAAGAGGUAAAAAUGACAUGUCUGAUUCUUGUUUGGUGCAAUGCUGAAUUUCUAGCGCUAAACAGCAUACGCUUAGAUGCCGGGAGCUGCAAACCUUGGAAGGCAGCAGGAAAAUAAUCACGAGGCUUUUUCUUCUUUUCUUUUCUAUUUGCCGUUUCCUGCUUUACUGCAGGCUAUCUGCAGUAAGAGUUCCUUGUAAAAUAUGCAGUGUCUUCUGCGGAUAACGAUAUUAUAUCUGCCUUGGUAGUUUUUGUAUUGUAUUAUCCGGCAACUUGUGAACCUAAUGACCGGAAUAACCUAUAUAGUCUCUAGAAUCAUAUGUUAUAAUUGGGCCGCA